GUUGAUUGCACACUCUUAUACGACGAUUUUUCGUGGGGAUUCAGGUAUAAGGCUAGCGAGGAGUGCGAAGUUUGGAUUUGGGCAACGAAUGAGCUCAAGCAAUUCAUUAUGGUUGGUCUCAUUGCAGUGACGGACGCGAUAACAAUUGUAAAAGUGCGCUCGUAUUUAAGCCAGAUGCCCGGUGACUCAGAGCAAGCGCUCUCCAAGCGGAGAUCAGAAAUAAAUCUGUUCAAACAGGCAUUGUUGCAAUUUUUCAUGUGGGUCGCCGAAAUGGUGUGCUACUUCUACAUUGUCAAUUAUUUCACUCAUAAAUUUGUGCGAUGGAUGCUCUCAACUUUGGCAUGGAUUGUCAUGCACACCUCUGAUGCAUUUUCGGUUAUUUUUAUAAAUCAAGAGUUGCGAAAGCUGUUUUGCAACCCAGCACUG